UGAAGAAGAUGGCGGCCGUGGUGGACAGAGUGGACAGGGUGGACGGGUGUGUGGGAUCGCUGGACUCGGACGCGGUGUCGCUGCGACAGUCGCCGCCCCCGCCGGACCAGCCGCACCAGAACAACCCGCUGCUGGGCCUGCCCAUCGUGGCCAUCGAGACCAUCCUCAACUUCCUGUCCUACGACGAGAUCAGCCUGCUGCGGGCGGUGUGCAAGCGCAUGGACAUGAUCUGCCAGCGAGUCCUGAACCAGGGCUUCCUGAAGGUGGAGCGGUACCACAGCCUGUGCCAGCGGCAGGUCAAAGCCCAGCUCCCCCGACGGGAGUCGGAGAGGAGAAACCACUCGCUGGCCCGUCACGCAGACAUCCUGGCAGCCGUGGAGACGCGCCUGUCGCUGCUCAACAUGACCUUCAUGAAAUACGUGGACUCCAACCUGUGCUGCUUCAUCCCUGGAAAGGUGAUCGAUGAGAUUUAUCGCGUGCUCCGCUACGUGAACUCCACCCGAGCCCCCCAGCGAGCUCACGAGGUCCUGCAGGAGCUGAGGGACAUCUCCUCCAUGGCCAUGGAGUACUUUGACGAGAAGAUCGUCCCCAUCCUGAAGAAGAAGCUGCCGGGGACGGACCUGUCCUGCCGCCUCAUCGGCUCUGCACCAGUGGCCGGUCCGUCCACGUCGCUGACCACCAUGUCUCUGCUGGCCAAGAACACGCCGUCGCGCUCGGAGAUGACCAAGGUGCAGCAGCAGGUGAAGGUGAACGGGGCGUCCAUGACGGUGCUGCGGCGGGAGAUGCAGGAGAUCCGGGUGAAGCAGCUGGAGCAGCAGAAGCAGCUGCAGGACCAGGAGCAGAAGCUGCUGGAGCAGAGUCAGGUGAUCGGCGAGCAGAACGCCCGGCUGGCCGAGCUGGAGCACAAGCUCCGUGACCUCCUGGACAGCAGCGCCGCCGCCAUCGGCGGAGCCCGGCCCGGCACGGCGGCGGCCAACGCCUCCAAACCCGGAGGCCCCGCCGCGCCCCCCGCCGCCGCAGCAGCAGGCACGUCCACGGCGGCGCUGGCGGGCGACGGCGGCGCCAGGGCGUCGCCCAGGGAGCCGGAGGACGACGGCGGCCCGUCCCUGAAGCGCAGCAGAAAGGGCUCGGACCUCCCGCGACAGUCCAAGCGGCUGCGCAGCAAGAAAUGAGACUCCGGAGGAACUUUUUCUUUUGGUUUCCAGGUCUGACUGAUCACACGUUUAACCCCACGCCCCCCCGCCCCCGGCCCCGGCCCCCGGCCCCGCCCCCGGCACGCAGACCCUCCUGUGGCGAGUCCACGGCUCCCACCGGACUCUGCUCAUCUCUGCUGUUCUUCUGGAUCCUCCCCUCAGCAGGUUGCACCAAAAACAUCCCCACAAUUUUACACCAAACAAGCCAAGCCUCUCCCUCAGAGCCCGGGCCGCCGGCUCAGACACCGCUCUCUGCAACACAUCCUCGUCCCUGAGCGCUGAUGUUUGGCAGGAGGGCCGUGUGCCGCUGACUCGGGUAGAAGGAAGACGUCCGGCUGGGCUGGCACCGGUUCUGCAGCGCUCCGGGUCUGCAUGCAGCUUUUAAUGACGAGGAUCAUGCAUCCGCAUUCACCCCGGCGCGUACGCCGCUUGUCGAGGGCUGUUGGUGGAAACAGAAACAGAAAGAAGCUCACACUCCUGAGCCGAGGGACGGGAAGGGCAGAGUUGGGGUCCCACGGGUCAGAAUGAAGGGCUUCGGCACCGGCUGGGCGGCCUCUGAACCCGGCGGGGCCUUUGAAAGCACCAGUUUGCACCGACAGCAGCAUCACACCAGUGUUUUUAGUCUUUACUUACUGGUUUUUUCCCAGCGCUUUAAACCACACGUCCCCUGCGCUAAGCUGGGUUGCAGAUUCCUCCUGCAGGCUUCAUCCCGCUCCACUUCCAGCUGUAUGAAAGUCAGACUGUGGUCGCAUAUCAAAGUGAUACCAAGCACAACCAAGUCAGCAUCUCCAUGUUGUUUUCGUUGUAGUUUCCACCGUUGUCACGGUGCAUGUGUGUGUUAUUUUCUUGUGGACGAUCACUUGAUAUGCUGCUUGGCCAAUCCGAGCAGGGUGGAGGUGCGGAGGCUGAAAGGUGUGGUUGAAGGCGCUGGAGAAGCAGAGCUUCCCCUUUCAUUUAUUUAUUUUCUCCAGCUCCAGACGUGACGAUGUGAAGGUGCUGGGUCUCCUGGGCCCAGGGAAUCAGUGGAAACAGAAAAAAAAUAGAUACACCAUGUAAUAAAUCAUAAGCAAUGUCAUUUUUGUUUCAAGACGCGCCUUUUGUUUUUCCUCCAAAUAUCAGUUUUAGCGAUAUCAAAUGAGCGUCGGCGUGGCGUCAUUGUUGUCACAGCAGCAUUAAAAGUGCACACUCAGACCCGCAGCAGGUGUAGCUGGUUCGCAGCGACGGCGGAAGGACCCGUUUCCUGUUUCAUCACCCCUUCUUCUACAAACGUGUCCUUUGCCUUGUGUUUCGCUGUGAAAUCAUAGUGUGGCUGCACUUUUCUUUUUUUUUUUUUCUUUCUUUGUUUGAAGCAUUUCUGUCGUUUGGAUGACCCUGCCCACCCACAGCAUGAACUUUGGAAACUGCACUUGUGUGUGUGUGUGUGAUCGUUAACACUGCAGCAGAACAUGCGACAUUAUCUAGUGGCUUCAUCUGAGAGGCGUUGUACUGUAAUCUUCAUGUACUUAAAGCUGUAGAUUGUUAAUUAUUUCAUGUAUGUAAACAAAGAAACUAUGUUUGGA